AGGUCCUAUCACUAUGCUGUCCUCCAAACCCGCCACAGCCUCGGGAAACAAGCCUCUCUUGACCCCGGAAGAGAAACUCCGGUCGGCUUACGUGACGCUCUUCCGGGAGAUGCAGUUCCGGUCCACCAAGAACGCCCUAAUGAAUUACUACCAAGCCGAGGCUCUAGACCAACAGGGGCGACAAAUCAAAAUACUCGCCAACGUUCUCACAGGGUUGUCCACCUCCGGAAUCUUGGCGAGCGCGGUCCAGAAGGGGAAGAUGCUGGCGAGUAAAGUCGGGCUUUGUGGGUUGGUCAGUUUGCCGAUAUGUGCAGCGGUGCAGGUGUUCACGAGUAGCACUUCAGAGUUCUUGCCUUCUCACCAGGAACGCGCGAAAAAGCACGUAUCAGCUGCAGCCGCCUGGAACAGAAUUUCCGAGCGGUCGAGGGCGGCGCGAUUAAGAAUACUCGCAGACCCCAAGUGCAAUAUGGAGAAAUACGUGUCUUUGCACGAGGAACUUCUAUUGGAGAAAGAGAACGUAUCCAAGACUGUUGUGAUUCCUAAGGAGAUACACUAUGAAUUUAAUGCCGAUAUCGAUAAAGUUUAUACCACUAUCAGACGACGGAAAGAAGUGUUUAAACAGUUUCAGAAAUUCCAGUUGAUCGACGAAAAGGAAGAUGAAGAUUUGGACAUUUACUAUCUUUGAUAGCUCACAUUGAAUUGAUGUCAUAUUUUGUCUGUUCUUUUUAUUGCAUCGUCACCAGUGAUCAAAGUGGUCUUCUUGGAAACAUCAUUAGCUCAGUUGGCAUCCUGCUUUAUGACCACGCUUCGAAUCAUUGGUGGAGGUUGUUCCUUGUGGACAUUUUCAACGCUCUCCACCUAUUCUUCUUCGGCUCUCUCGGAGAUGGAAGUUAGAUAAAUUCGAAGGUCCCCACUAAUGAAUGACCCUACAAUGUUAAAAGGGGGUUUAAACUCAUUUCAAACCAUACUACGUUGUUUAAUGUCACGUAGACUGUAGUCUCCGAGGGGAAGACUUUUGUCUGAGGUUUUCACCAUUCCGAAUUUUAGCCUUAGAUUUAGACUAAGAUGAGCAAGACUUGGAACGUCCUUGAUAUGGGUGCAUUGCAAAUCUCACAUCAAUCUAAGAUCAUUUUAUUAUAGGAGAAGGAGUAAAGAGAAUUACUGCAUACAUAUCAUCAUCAAGUGCCAGA